GAGAGAGAGAGAGAGAGACAGAAAACACCAAAAACAAAACAGAAAGAUCCACCUCGAACGCCUCUCUCUUCUUGCUCUCUCUCUCUCUCUCUCCCCCCUCUCUCUUGUGUCCCUCCUCUUUGUUUCCUAUUCUCUUAAAUCCCAAUCGAUCAGAUCAGGCAGCAAGCAGGAGGAGGAGGAGGAGGAGGAGGAAGUCGAUUGAUUGGAAGAACGUUUCUACAUCAAUUACCACUACUGCUGCUAUAAGUACGAGAUCUUGCUAGUGAUAGUAAGAGGAGGAGGAAGAUGAGGGAGGAGGAAGAGACGAGCUGGUUCGCUCGCUGGGAGGAGCAGCUGCCGUCGCCAGAGGAGCUCAUGCCGUUGUGGCAGACCCUCAUCACCCCCAACCUCGCCGUCGCCUUCAACAUACCCGUCGCCGGCGCCCCCGGCGGCAACGAGAACCCCGGACUCCCCCUCCACCACCCCCGGCCCCCGGCCGCCUUCCCCCACCCCCCGACUCCCUCCGAUCUCGAGCCCUCCGACCUCAACUCCGACUCCGCUGCCGCUCCCGGGGGGGACGAGCCGGCGCGGACCCUCAAGCGGCCCCGCCUCGUCUGGACGCCGCAGCUUCACAAGCGGUUCGUCGACGCCGUCGCCCACCUCGGGAUCAAGAACGCCGUCCCGAAGACCAUAAUGCAGCUGAUGAGCGUCGACGGCCUCACCCGCGAGAACGUCGCCAGCCACCUCCAGAAGUACCGCCUCUACCUCAAGCGCAUGCAGGGCCUUGCAACCUCCGGCGGUGGCGCCGGCAGUGGGCCGAUCUCCGCCGCCGACGCCGCCACCGACCAGCUCUUUGCGAGCGCCCCGGUGCCCCACCAUUUCCUCAGCCGCGGGCCCGUCGCGGGCCCCGAGCCCUUCCCGCCGUACGUGCCGAUGCCCGCCCUGCAACAUCACCAGCAGAUCGCGGCCGCCAUGCAGCAGCAGCAGUACUACCAUCAGAGGCAUCUUGGGCAUUUUGGAUCGCCAACCGGGGGCAGAGGUUUUGACCAAGGGUUCCUAAAUCGGGCGGUGCCCCAGUCGGGGAUGCAUCAGAUGCUAGCACCGGCACCGGGGAUGGGGUUGAUGCAAUUGUCGUCCCCACGAGCAGCGUCGUUCGUUGAUGAUUCGGAGCCUGCCGGAAGGGAAGGCAGUGGUGAGAGGAAGGUGCUAACGCUUUUCCCGACCGGUGAGGACUGAUAUGGCUCUUCUCUCAUUCCCAUAUCUGCUCUAAUUAUUAUCAUGUGUAGUGAAUCUCUAUCGGAAAACUAUUAUCCUCUAUAUCCAUUGCCGCCAUCGUCGUGUUGUCCUCAUGUGUCCUUGCUAGGUCUGAGUAGUUAUAUUUGAAGCAGAGGAAGCUAGGAAAACAAUUAAUGUGGUCAUUAUUACAUUUGAAUUAGAGGCAAUUAAGUCACCAGAGUUCUAAAUUUGAGCUCUCGUAGUUUUUAUUUUCA